UCCAAUUGGCUCCUGGGACUUGUGACGUCCGGUUACGUCACCCACCGUUGCGUCUCCCCUUUUUCUCUUCUCUGCCUUUCUGCGUGUAGGUGGACAAACGCGUUGCGAGUUUUUUGCGCUGUGGGGGUAGCCGAUAAAUAUGAGCUACAGACGAGUGCCGUUUCAGUUUAAUCCCGACCGAAGCUCGGACGAGAGACGAUCGGAGAUACUGCGAAGAUUCGGGUUUCAGCCCGAAGAGGAUAACAUGUUCUACGAGACCAAUUCGCCCUCAUGGUCGACGGACUGGGCCGGCCGUUUCCACAGGCCCGCCUUCUAUGACGACCCGGAAUGGCGCAACACCAGCUCCGUGUUCGGCAACUCCGGCUCCAUGCCCGGCUCGCCGCAGUCGUCGCGCGUGCGCCGGGGCUGGACCACCGAAUUCGACGAAGGCGGCGUGCCCAUCAAGGUGGUCCACGAGACGACGUCCGGAGGCGGCGGCGGAGGCGGCAGCCACGACGAGGCCAACGAUGCCGCCUCGGAGACGUCGUCCCAGGGCAGUCGCUCCAGCUGCUCGAGCUCUCGCAGCGGUGGAGCCAACGGGGCGUCGUGCUCCAAGUCGCGCCACGAACCCCGCGUCCACCACAUCCCCAUCAUGGUGGAGCCCCGCACGGGCGCCUCGAGCAGCGCGGGCUACGCGUCCGACGGUGAGCUCAAGCCUCAGAGCCAGGCCAGGAGGACGUUCGCCGCAGCCCCGAGCCCCAAGGAAAGCCAGCAGCAGCAGCCUGCUUCCGGGGAGCCCAGGAAUGUCCACACCAUACCCGUCGAAGUGGACGGGUACCCAAUGCAGGGACAGGCCAGGAGCCCGUCGUCUCAUAACCACCACCACCACCACAACGAAGAAAUGGCCGGAGAGUCGCAGAACGUGCGGACGGUCCCCAUUGAAAUGGACUGCGGAGACGAGGCUAUGGCCAGGUGUCGGGUCGACGACCCGAUGGACGAGCAGGAGGCUGGCGGAAAGAGUUGGCCGCACACGUUCCCGAGGCAAAAGUGCCAGCAGUCGUCUAGGCGCACCCCAUCGACUGCCAAAUCGUCGUCGGGUGGCAGGCUAGGACCGCAGGCCUCGCCACCAAAGCAGGGCUCGGAGCCCCCGCCGCCACAGCAGCAAGAGACGAAGACCCAGUCCACGGCCGAGGAGCAGAUCCGAAGGAUCAGCCUGGAGCUUGCGGACCUGCGACAGCAGGUGUUGAAUUUCAGCGGUAGGCCCGGUGACAAGCAGUACAAGUUUCUUGAUGAGAUGCUCACGCGACUCAUGAUCAAGCUUGAUGCUGUGGACCCAGCAGGCAGAGAUGACGUCCGCCAGCUGCGCAAGUCGAUGAUCAGAGAAGUGCAGUCUGUCAUCAACUUGCUCGAGGGCAGACCUCCAGCGAGUGCUCUUGUUGAGGUUGUAACUCAGGAAGUCAAAGACCUUGCCGGUGAAGCCAGUCCACCCAACGAAGAGGAAGGCAGUGAGAGUCCCAGCGAGGCUACCGGUGCUGCUGCGGCAGCCGCUUCCGCAGCUCCUGAGGUGUCGCCUGAAGUGCCACCACCACCUGCUGUCGAGAGGGUUGGCGGCAAGGAUGAGAAAGGAGACACACCAAUGGAAGUCGAGGCGCCAGCAACUGCUGAAGCCCAGCCACCACCAAGCGUCGAGAUGGUCCCAGCCACAUCGGGCGGCGGUGCAAGUGGGGAAGAGCUACCACCUGCACCCGAACUUCCAACAAUUCCGAUGCCUGUCGACAUUGACCCUUGCGCAGCUAGUUCCUCUGGUAACCUGGCAGGGGGGCCCCAUGCGGGAUCGGCGAGCCCCUUCAACGAACAAAACCUGUUCUCUCUAAACCACAGCGAAGAUGAGAGUACACAUAUUGAAGGCAGCAUCCCCACUGAGCACUCGGGCUCGACGGAACUCUGAAGAGGUUUCCGGCGGGUUGUCGUGUCACAGUAUUGCAGUUAGGUUCUGUUAAGUGACAGAAUCAGAGUUGGCCAGAAAGCUUGCACGUUGCUGUACGGUGUAGCGGGUGGCCUUGCUGGAACCAAAGUUUCUUGCAAUGACUGACUGUACAUACUGCUGUAUCUAAGUCAAAAUUGUGCAUGUACAUAAAUUGUUUUUGCCGCGUGUAUUUAAAAAGUGUGUUAUGUUGCAAGUUGUUAUAAUAAAUGUCUAGCAUUUCUUGAUGCA